AUGGAAUCGCUCACUCCCGUAACCCCGACACCCCCAAAUGCAGAUACUGUACCUGGAGACAUAAACCCAGCUUCAGGCUGCGGCCACAGAGUUGUGAGGAUAAUUGGCGGAGUGCCAGCCCCAGAGAGGAAGUGGCCCUGGCAGGUGAGCCUCCAGAUUGAUAAUGAACACAUAUGUGGAGGCUCCCUCAUCUCCCAUCAGUGGGUCCUGACUGCCAGCCACUGUAUCAUCGGCUUUAUGGACUACACGGUGAAGCUGGGAGAUGUCAACAUUGGUAAUAAGAGUACGGCAACCGUGGUUCCCGUGCGAGACAUUGUCAUACACUACGACUACACUUCUACGGGGACUAUCAGGCAUGAUAUUGCACUUGCUCUGCUCGACUUCCCUGUGAACUACUCCUCGUACAUUCAGCCCAUUUGCCUCCCCGAGAAGACUUUCAUGGUGCCAACUGAUACUGCAUGCUGGGUAACUGGAUGGGGUAAACUACAUGAAGCAGAUCCAUCAAACAAGGCACCAGAGCACCUUCAGGAGGUUGAGUUAAGCAUUAUGCGCUACAAGGAAUGCAAUAAAUUACUCAAAAGACUGAUGAACAGUAGAAGUGACGUGACCCAAGAAGGGACUGUCUGUGGCUAUAGUGAAUUAGGAAAGGACUCUUGCCAGGGAGAUUCUGGGGGGCCCUUGGUCUGUGAAUUUAAUAAAACGUGGAUUCAGGUGGGAAUCGUGAGCUGGGGCGUCGGCUGUGGUCGUCAAGGCUAUCCUGGAGUGUACACGGAAGUUAGUUUUUAUAUGGACUGGGUCAAAAGACUUAUGAAUCAAGCUACGUGUCUGGAUUCAUCUGCCUUCUUCAUCCUGUUCCUGUGUCUGAUGCUGACACCCGGCUUCCUGAUAACUCUGUGGUCACCCUAGCCCACUCCCCCUGUUGUUUCUUAGUCUUGUACUUCACAAUAAAUUUCCAACAGCA